GACUGCUUUCCAUUUGCCACUGUCGGUGUCGACGGACGCAGAUAUUCUGUGGCUCAAACCUUUGGAGGCACGGGCACGGGCACGGGGCACCGAAGUGUUGGUAUACGCGGCAGCCGGGAUAGCGAGCGUAUGGCCACCUACUUCGUCCUCAACACCGGCGCGAAGAUCCCGUCGGUCGGGCUCGGCACCUGGCAGGCCGACAACGGGCUCGUCGGCGACGCCGUCUAUGCCGCCGUGAAGGCAGGUUACAGGCACAUUGACUGUGCUCAAGCAUACAACAACGAGAAAGAGGUCGGGUUUGGUCUCAGGAGAGUGCUGGACGAGGGCAUAGUCAAGCGUGAAGAUCUCUUCAUCACCUCCAAGCUUUGGGACAUUAACCAUGCGGCGGAGGACGUCCCGGUUGCACUGAACGGCACACUGAAGGACUUGCAAACUGACUACGUGGAUCUCUACCUCAUGCAUUGGCCGGUGAGGAUGAAGAAAGGCGCCGGCUUCGGCCCGCACGCCGUCGUCCCGUCAGACAUCCCCGCGACGUGGGCCGCGAUGGAGGAGCUGUACGACGCCGGGAAGGCGCGCGCCAUCGGCGUCAGCAACUUCUCGAGCAAGAAGCUGGCGGACCUGCUGGCCGUGGCGCGCGUGCGCCCCGCCGUCGACCAGGUGGAGUGCCACCCGGUGUGGCGGCAGGGCAGGCUCCGCGCGUUCUGCGCCUCCCAAGGGAUACACCUCUCCGCCUACUCGCCGCUGGGCUCGCCGGGCACGGCGACGGUGAAGGCGGGCGCGGUGCUGGAGCACCCGGCCGUCGUCUCGGCGGCGGAGACGCUGGGGAAGACGCCGGCGCAGGUGGCGCUGCGCUGGGGCGUCCAGAUGGGGCACAGCGUGCUCCCGAAGAGCACCGACGAGGGGAGGAUCAGGGCGAAUCUCGACGUCUUCGGCUGGUCCUUGCCGGAGGACCUGCUCGCCAAGUUCUCUGAGAUCGAGCAGGAACGGCUGAUUCGUGCGGGCUUCUUUGUUGAUCCCGACGGCGUGUUCAAAUCCAUCGAGGAGUUUUGGGAUGGCGAGAUCUGAACAACUGUCCUGACUGGGAGGAGCUGAGUGACGGAAUUUGGCCACUGGCAAGGCGUACUGUGCCUGUGGAAGAAUAAAUUUAUGCGUAUGAACUCUGAAAGGCAGCGUAGUUUUCAGGUAGUUUGUGCUCGGCACUCCAAUAAUUCCUCGAUGCUCAAGUGGUCUAUCUAUCCUCUAAACUCUAAAGGCCAUGCCGCUCAAGCGGUCUUUUAAGCCAGCAUAUGCACAAUGGGAAAAUAGGUGCU